AUGCAACAAGAUGAGGCGUUGUCUAUUCUAAACGACUUUAACGAGAUCCUUCAGUCUGAAGUGUAUGUUGAUCUCGAAAGACUACGGAUAUUAGCUCGACAUGGUAUUCCCAACGAACUACGUGGGGAAGUCUGGAAAUACCUUUUAGGCGUUGAACAAGCAGAUCGAUCCAAGGAACUUUCCAGCUCAAAAGCAAGAAGUGAAGAAUAUGAUCAAAUGGACAAGGCAGAUCCGGAAAUUACCAAAAAAGUCAGAGGAGAAGUGUCUCGGUACCAAUUACGUACACCUGAAUUAGCUGGAAAACACUAUACAGCCAAGUUUGAGAAUAUUAUCACAGCCUAUCUAAACACAAACCGAGAUAUUGAAUAUUAUCCUGCACUUGUUACUUUAUGUGCACCUUUUAUUUAUUCACUUGACAAAGAAUGCGAUGCUUAUUUUUGCUUUGAACGAUUGAUGCAAGCCAUUGGGGAUGAAUACGAUACCAACCAUCAUCGAAUGAAGGAACAUGUAGCGAAUUUCAUGACACUUUUUCGUUAUGUCUUGCCUGACCUACGAAAUUAUUUUGAAGAAGAAGAAGUGGAUUUAAACGAAUUUACAACAUCUUGGUUACAGCAUCUUUUAUCAAAAGAAAUGAAAUUCGAGAAUCUAAUUCGACUAUGGGAUUCUUAUUUCGCUAUGCCUGAUCCACUUGAAUUUCAUCCUUUUGUCUGUUUAGCUAUCUUGAGAAACGCAAGAGAAAACUUGGAAGACCUUGAACAGUCUGAAAUACGAACCAUGCUACUUCGUCUGCCUUACAUGGAUAUGCGACCUAUUUUGGCUGAAGCAUACAAUCUUCGUCAUGAAACGAUGGAACGACAACUAGUGGAAGAAAAUGAAAUGUUCUAA